GCGUUGUUGACAUUCGCAGCUGACGAAACUGACAUUUCUAUUCCAUCAUCAAACAUUUCAAGAUGCCGAUCGUCGUUAAAGACUUUUCCUGGGAAGAAAAUGAAUCUCAUGUUUUCAUCACCGUUCCUUUGAAAGGGGUCAAGGCUAACAAAGUGGAUAUAUUUUCAUCUGACGAGUAUUUGAAGGUCAGCUACCCACCCUACAUCUUUGAGUGUUUACUCUUUGCUCCUGUGGAUGAUAGGAAGAGUUCAGCCUCCGUGGGAAAUGGAAUGGUUCUGUUCAAACUGGUUAAAAAACAGGCUGCUAUCUGGACACAAUUACAGUCCAAUGAUUCUAGUGACAAGGUGGUGAUGAGGGAGAAGAGAGAGGAGGCAAUCAGGCUGGCUCAGGAGAGAGCAGCUGAGGCAGUGAAGGAGGCGGCUGAGAAGAAGAGAGAGGCUGACAAAUACGCAGUCCAGGAAAUGAUGAAGCUUGAACAAGAAGAAAAACAGAAAAUAGAAGACUUGAAAGAAGCUGAGAGAAGGAAAGCCACAGAAGAGUUGGAAAGAUGGAAACAGGAGCAGCGUGAUGAAGCUGAAAAAGAGAGAGCUCGUCUUCUGGCAGAGAAAGAAGAAAAUGACAGAUUGAGGAUGGAGGAGGAGAAGCAGAAAAACAGGGUCAACAAAGAGAAGAAAAAAGUAGCAAAGUCAGGAGAUAUAUUUUAUGAGACUGCACGUGGUGUUCCAACACGUAGUGCGGGGAAGAUUGAGGUGAAGUUUACAGAGCGUGUGUUCCCUACCCCAGUCAGGGAGUCACAAACCCCUCAAGAGGAAGAGUGGUUAAAAAAGCAGGCAGAAGCCAGGAAGGUGAUAGAAUUGGAGGAUGUUGAUCUGACAGAAGAGGAGAAAAACCCUCUCUGGCUGAGAGACAAGGGCAAUUCAUUUUUCAAAUCAGGAGAUUACCAAGCUGCCAUUAAUGCUUUCUCCCAUGCAAUCCGAUUGGACAGUAAGAUGCCUGCUCUAUUUUCUAACCGUGGAGCAUGUCAUCUUAAGUUAAGAAACUUCAUCAAGUGUGUUGAGGAUUGUUCGAAGGCCCUGGAGCUGCUCACCCCUCCGGUUCCCCAGAAUGCCCCCAGCAGGUGUAAGGCCCAUGUCAGAAGAGGCACUGCCUUCUGUGAACUGGAACUCUAUGUCGAAGGUUUACAAGACUAUGAAGCAGCCCUGAAGAUAUGUCCUGACAGUGAACAGUUGAAGCAGGAUGCUGAGAACAUCAGACAGAUCAUACAGAGCAGCUGAUGAACACCGUGUGAACAUUUGCUCAUCAUUUGGUCAUUUAGUCAGAUCCCAUUUGCCCAGGCUAUCACCUUCCCUGUAUAAGUUCCACUUCAUCACUGCUGAACUGGCGAACUGAGUUUUGCUGAGCGUCUAACCUGCAAUGUGUCUCACCUGAUUUUCUCACCAAUCUCUUGUAUAAUUUGAGCUUAUGCUGUAGGUGAAAGUUUGUAUGUGACGUGUGGAAAAGUUCUUCAGUUGCAUACUGAAGGCUGAUGGUUUACUCCAGGCCCUCCAGAUUUUGUAACCCUUAAUACUGCAAUACAGCGAAAAGCUCUGCAAUAUGCCAAUAAGCAUCAGUCAAAUAAAUAAACAUUUAAAUAGUCUUGGUAUACCUGUACUUUCGAUGUUCACUGCCUCGUGUACACAUUUACAUAGGCCUGUUAUUCCUGUGUACACCUCGUAAGCUUGAGGCCCAGGUUCCAUCCAGAGUUUGGUGAGGUACAGACCCCAGGAUCAUGAAGUUGUCUUAGGUGUAAAUCGGACGUUAACGUCUGAACUUCAAUACAGCUUUAUACUGCAAGUUAUGACUCACUUUAAGGGUUUUUAUUUUAAUACUAUGAAUUGUCCUGUGCCUUAAUUAAAAAUUGAAAGUUAGCUCUUAAAGUCAGUUCUGAAUUCUUAAUUCAUAAAUUGGAAGUCCGUAAACUCAGAACAGAAAAGAACUCAAAUUGUGGGUGAUACAUCAUUCUACAGUAAAGAGUCAGUGUACAAAUUUUAAACUUCACAGUGGAAAACAUUUUAAUUGUAAUGGUUUUUGAAUUUUUGACUUAAGUCUUGAUAUGUGUAGAUAUGGCCCCGAGAAUAAUAACACUACAGUUAAGACUACAUCUGGCUUAAGUCUGGACAGCUUAACAAGAAGGAAUCAACCCUGCUGAUUGUCCUGGUGUUAGUUUACUU